AAAGCGCAUUGUUUAACAGUUUAAUAGACUAAAAUGAUCCAUUAUGUUAAAAAAACAUAAAGAUUUAACAUAGAUAUGGUUAUACGAAAUGGUUGAACUAAAACCCAUCAAAAACAAGUUGUGAGGGUGAAGCGAAGACAAAUUUGCAACAAUUUUGUAGCUGUGUUUUUAGAAAUUUAUUUUCAUAUCCUUGAUACAAACAGUCUGCAACGUGAGAGACGUUCGAGUGCGCACGUGGGACGAUCUGGCUGCGUCCGUCCGUCUCCGUCCACCCGUUCACUAUGGGUCGUCUAGAUGUGGGCAUCCUGCGCUACAUGUCCAAGGAGGACUUUCGUGUCCUGCAGGGUGUAGAAAUGGGCAUGCGAAACCAUGAGCUGGUGUCAACUCCCCUGGCGUGCUCUCUGGCGAACCUGCGCUCAGGUGGCGCUCAGAAGGUUAUCAGACAGCUACAGAACACGAAACUGCUAGCGUAUGAGCGCGGCAGGCGCUACGACGGUCUGAGGCUGACAGUCAGUGGGUAUGACUUCCUCGCGCUGCACAGCAUGGUUGCUGAGAACGUCAUUGACGGUUUCGGUAAUCAGAUCGGCACCGGAAAGGAAUCGGACGUGUACGCGGCGUAUGACACGCACGGCGAGGCGCUGGCGCUCAAGUUUCACCGUCUCGGGCGCACGUCGUUCCGCAAGCUCAAACUGCUACGAGACUACCACAAGAACCGCUCGCACAUGUCCUGGCUGUACCUGUCGACGCUGUCGGCGCGAAAAGAGUUCUCCUACAUGAAGGCACUCCACGAGCGCGGCUUUCCAGUGCCGCGGCCUAUUUAUCAGAAUCGGCAUGCGGUGCUGAUGUCCAUCGUACACGGCGAACCGCUGUGCGAGCUGAGGGAUCUCUCCGACCCGCGUCGGCUCUACGGCGAGUGCAUGGAGCUGAUGAUUCGGCUGGCCGAGUGCGGCGUCAUCCACUGCGACUUCAACGAGUUCAACCUGAUGGUGACCGAUGAGGAACACAUCAUCCUGAUCGACUUCCCGCAAAUGGUGAGCACGUCACACCCGAACGCCGAACACCUGUUUCAGCGGGACGUCGAAUGUCUGAGGAGAUUCUUCGCCAGACGCUUCCGGUUUGAGAGCGACGACUACCCUGUGUUUUCGGAGGUGGUUCGGACAGAGGACCUAGACACGGAAAUCAGAGCCAGCGGCUACGGCAAAGAGUUCGCAGAGUUCGACACGGUGGCCGGGCUGGGCGAGGAAGACGACGGCUCGGAGACGGGAGAGGAGUCAGAUGACGAGGAAUCCAGCCGAGUUGAGGAGGAGCAGAAAAGAGCCGGUUCGGAGGAGGGGAGUGAGGAUGACAGCUUCAAGGACGCUGUCGAGUCACUGGAGGAGGAGACUCCCACGGGAGUGGUCUCGGAGCAGCCGGACCGGCCACAGGCGUUCCCGCUCGACUCGGCCACCCGCGUGGCGCUGCGCUCGGAUACGGGUGACGGCUCGGACGGAGACGGUUCUGGACUAGACUCGAGCGGCGGCGGCGGUCGGAGUGGGGAGGACUCGGCGGAGGAGGGCACUGUCUCCUCAGAGGGAGACGAGGACGAGGCGGCAGCAGCGGCGAGGCGCCGUGAGAUGAAGCGACUCAAACAGCGCAGACUCGAGGAGCAGCGCUUGGCGGCGCGCAGCCAGCUGAACGAGGCCAUCCAGCGGUCUGCCAGCCAGCGGAGCCGCAGCACGGCCGCCUCCACCAUCGCGCCAGAGGUGCUGCAGCGCCGGCUGGCGCGCGAGUUGCGCCGCAAACGCCGCCACCAGGCCGAGCGGCUGCGCGCCAAGGGAGAUGCCAGUGCGGUGACCCGCUCGAGGAGGGAUAACGCGGCCACCAUACGCGAGAGUACAACCGGCUUCUGGGCGGACUGAACGGUGACUAUGGGGAGGGGAGGGCUGGAGGAUGUGUCUGGUGUGUUCGUGUGAUGACACGUGUGGUGAUCGGGGCUGCACGCGUGAGAGGUGUUAAAGAAUGUGGAUUGGAGAUUGAGAUGAAGCGAUGGUUGACGGUUGUCUGUAUUGGGCGGUUAUCUGUGCUGGGAAUGCGACGAAUGAGAUUUUGUAAGUGUUGUAUGAUAAUGUAUGACGGUUUGUUGCUAUGUGCGUUGCGACGGAUUUAUUGUUCUUCAGUAUAAGUUAGAACUAAGCCAUUUAGAUCCAGCUAAAAAUAGGAGUUUGUUAUUUUGAAGACGUUUUAUCUAAGACCCAAUAAAGGUUUGUUCAAAUA